GGUCCCAGAAGUGGGAAAAUGAUAUCAUACGUAACUAUUUCGCUCGUAGCUCUGUUGAUGGCAACAGUACGCGGUUCGGUGACAACGGUGACACGAAUCAUAGGCGGAACGGAUGCUCCCUUGGAGGACUUCCCGUACAUGGUAUCGAUUCGAUUGAACUCGUUGGAAAAUCCGGCCUUCGGGGAUGGCUUCUUCUGUCAGGGGGUCCUAGUUUCGCCGAAAGCCGUAUUGACCAGUACCGAGUGCGUGCUGAACGGAAGCGGCUCACGAAUACCGGAAGAAUUGAGUUUGGUUCUGGGAACUACAUCCAGAACGAAUGCUAGCGGUUCGGUUGACGCAGAAGCUGAGCAAAUUUGGUUACAGAAUGGCGGACAUUUGGCGAUGUUGAAGCUGAAACGGGGGGUGGCUGGAUUGAGACUAGGGGUCCUGAACGAGUUCGUCCAAGAUGCGAACAAACGGUGCAUUGUGGUAGGUUGGGGAGCGAACAGUACCGAUGGCAAACCGAAGGACCGACUUCAGGAAGUGUAUGUGAACAUUUCAAAAGAAAAGUGCCAGGAUAGCAUGAUUUGUACCAGCGCUGCAAACGAAAAAGGUGGUGGAGUCUGCUUCUGGGACACCGGAGCGCCUCUGCUAUGCGACGGAUCGCUGUCAGGAAUUUUGAUGGGUAGACCUGACAAGUGUGGACCGGAGAUUACGACUUUUGUGAGCAUCCGUACUGAAUGGGACUGGAUUCGAUCGCAGAUAGCUGCAGCAAAUUCAGGUCAUAGACUCAUUAGCACAGGAAUUAUAAUCGUUGGUCUGUUAAUGGCUGUGAAAUGAAAGCGA